GGGUGACGGGCGUGAGACGGUAAAGCUGCAGGUUGAUUAGCAGUGACAGGCACGACAGCCGCAGUACGUGGGAUAAGCAGCACCGCGGUGUCUGUGUCGUGAGGAGCAGCCAUGGUACCAGUGAUUCUGCUGCUUGGGGUCGGGGUCGGAGCAUAUGUGCUCAUCUAUUUCAACUUGAUUAGAGGAAGGCAAUGCCGCAGUGACGCCAGCCUCAAGGGCAAGACUGUCAUAGUAACGGGAGCGAAUAUAGGCAUUGGGAAAAUGACAGCUCUGGACAUGGCGAGAAGGGGAGCGCGUGUUAUUCUGGCUUGUCGGGUCAAAGAGACUGGAGAGGCUGCUGCAUAUGAUAUAAGACAGCUCUCCGGGAACAAUCAGGUGCUUUUCAUGAACCUUAAUCUGUCCAGCCUUGAGUCUGUCAGGUCCUUCUGCAGAGCAUUCCUCAGUAGUGAGCCUCGGCUGGACAUACUCAUCAACAAUGCAGGUUUCAGUGGCCCUGGAAAGACAGCAGAAGGAUACAAUAUUGUAUUUGGGAUCAACCAUCUGGGACAUUUCCUCCUGACUUCCUUGCUUCUGGACCGACUCAAGCAGAGCACCCCCAGCCGCAUUGUGGCUUUGGCAUCCUAUGCCCAUGAAUGGGGGAAGAUUGAUUUCAAUAAAAUCAGUGUCCCAUCCGAUCACAUCAAGGACAUACUCCAGUCAUACUGUGACAGCAAGCUGUGCAACGUCCUCUUUGCUCGAGAGCUGGCCAACCGAUUGGAGGGGACUGGCGUGACUUGUUAUUCUGUUCAUCCAGGAACAGUGCACACAAACCUUGUGCGCAGUUUGCCAAACUGGAUCAAAGCCUGUAUUAAACCAUUUACUUGGCUUUUUCUCCGUACACCAAUGGAUGGAGCUCAAACGUCCAUAUAUUGUGCUGUACAAGAGGGCAUCGAAAUGUACACUGGACGCUACUUUGACAACUGUCAGGUUAGACAGGUGAAGCCUCAUGCUCGGGACGAUGCCGUGGCCAAGAAGCUCUGGGAAGUUAGUGAGAGGAUGACCGGAUUGGCCAGCUGAGUUUUCUUUUCUUCAAAGUACACCAAACUCUAAAGUAUAAUUUACCUGACCAUUACUGAAGAUUAAGGCAUUGGGGACUAACAACCCUAAUCUACAUUAGAGAUUAUAUUACUGCAGAUAGAAAAGGCUGUUCAAAAAGUCAGAAUGACCUAAAAUUACCUAAAUGACCUCAGGGUUAAAGGUUAUUAAAACAUCAAAUUCAUUUUUUUCCCUCAAGUCACUUGAUUAAUCAUAAUCUAGCAUUUGCCCCCAACCCCACAAGGCUGAUAUUUUUUUUUUUACUUAUUUUGCUUUUACUCAAUACAUUAAAACACUAUCUAUAUAGAGCAAUUGAGAUGCCUUUCUGGAGUAAGCAAUUUACACACAAAAGUGUACAUCCACUCCUCCCGGCCUUUGAGCUGUCAAAUUUAGUUGUUUUUUUUUUUUUUCUAUGGCAGGGAACUGCAAAGAAAAAAAGCAGUCAGUGCCUGUUUAUGGAGAACAUAUAUAAAGCAUAAAAUCUCCUAUGUUAUUGUGAUUGCUAAAUAUGCUGGAAAUUAUUCUGAUAUUGGAAAGUAGAGGGUUUUUUCUCCAGAGUUUUGGUGACUGUGACAAGUAUUAAAAGAGUUGGGGAGCAACACAAGCAUGAAAAAUGUCCCUGGGUGCCAGAUAAGGGCUGUGAAUGGGUAUAUGGUAGCCCCUAUGUGGACUGGCAGUUUGCAGGAGGCUCUGUUUGGCAAUACACAUGGUCUUUAAGAAACCAAAACUUGCCUCCAAGUCUAGAAUUGAAAAAUAAUCACCUGUUUUGAGGCCACGGGGAGCAACAACCAUGGGGUUGGUGAGCAACAUGUUGCUUGUGAGCCACUGGUUGGGGAUCACGGAGUUAGUGGAUGUUAAAUACUGUUUCCUCUUAAGUACAUAAAUAAAAUGUUUAAUUCCUGUGUUGA